UACAACACAACCAUUUCGUCAAAGUCAAGCUGUUGAAAAUUCAACUCUUUCAUCAUUUUCAUUCAUCUUCUUUAAUCUUUGCUUCCUCCAUUUCAAACCCUCUGAUCAUUAAAGAAAAAAAAUAUCUUUUCAAUCAAGCAACAACAAAACAAUGAAGAAAGAACCAACUCAUCAUCGCUACCUUCCAUGCCUCUUCCUGUUUCUUCUUUCACUACUCCGACCAAUCACCUCAGACCCUAGAGCACGAUCCGUCAAAAUCACUUGCUCACCGCAGCUCGAGCACAACGAAACCGUCUUCGUCCCCAACUUCGUAGCCUCGAUGGAGAAAAUCAGCCAAGUAGUCCAAACCACCGGUUUCGGAACCGCUCAAACCGGUUCAGGACCAGACGGUAACUACGCUCUCGCACAGUGCUACGGAGAUCUCCCUCUAAACGACUGCGUCCUCUGCUACGCGGAAGCGAGAACCAUACUUCCAAAGUGUUAUCCUCAGAACGGAGGUAGAAUCUUCCUCGACGGAUGUUUCAUGAGAGCCGAGAACUACAGUUUCUACAAAGAGUUCAAAGGACCUGAAGACACCGUCCUUUGCGGGAACGCCACGAGGAGGAACAACGCCACUUUCGGUGACGCGGUGAGACAGGUGGUGAGAAACGCGGUUGCUGCGGCUCCUGGGAAUGGAGGGUACGCUCGCGGCGCAUCUGCAAAUGGAGAAUCUUCUGCGUUUGUGUUGGUGAAUUGCUGGAGAAAUCUGAGUCCUGAGUCUUGUAAACAGUGUUUGGAGGAUGCUUCUGCUUCUAUGGUUGACAAGUGUUUGCCGUGGUCUGAAGGACGUGCGCUUCACACUGGAUGCUUCCUUAGGUACUCUGAUCAAGAUUUCUUGAACAAGAUUCCACGAAACGGAAGAUCAAGAGGUUCUGUAGUGGUGAUUGUUGUCUCAGUCCUUAGCUCUGUGAUUGUCUUUAUGGUUGGAAUAGCAAUUGGUGUUUAUAUCUGCAAAAACCGAACCAUACAGAAGAAGAGAAGAGGAUCUAAUGAUGUAGAAAAAAUGGCGAAAACGCUAACAGACAGUAGCUUGAACUUCAAAUACUCAACACUAGAGAAAGCAACAGGCUCCUUUGACAAUGCGAACAAGCUUGGACAAGGAGGAUUUGGAACUGUCUAUAAGGGUGUUCUUCCAGAUGGAAGAGAUAUCGCUGUGAAGCGACUGUUCUUCAACAACAGACACAGAGCAGCAGAUUUCUACAAUGAAGUCAACAUUAUCAGCUCCGUUGAACACAAGAACCUCGUUAGGCUUCUUGGUUGCAGCUGCUCAGGACCAGAGAGUCUCCUUGUCUAUGAGUAUCUUCAGAACAAGAGCCUUGAUCGGUUCAUCUUCGAUGUUAACAGAGGCAAAACACUAGACUGGCCAAGAAGAUUCGUGAUCAUCGUUGGAACAGCUGAAGGGUUGGUGUAUUUGCACGAGCAGUCUAGUGUGAAAAUCAUCCAUAGAGACAUAAAAGCAAGCAACAUUCUGUUAGAUUCAAAGCUACAAGCUAAAAUCGCUGACUUUGGGCUGGCGAGAUCGUUCCAGGAGGAUAAGAGCCAUAUCAGCACAGCCAUUGCAGGGACUCUAGGUUAUAUGGCUCCUGAGUACUUGGCACAUGGUCAGCUAACAGAGAAAGUAGAUGUCUACAGCUUCGGUGUUCUUGUACUAGAGAUUGUAACUGGAAAGCAGAACACAAAAAGCAAAAUGUCUGAUUAUUCAGACAGUUUGAUUACAGAAGCGUGGAAGCAUUUUCAGACAGGAGAGUUGGAGGAAAUAUAUGAUCCAAACCUGGACUGGAAGAAUCAGAAUGAUAGUUUAAUCAUCAAGAAGGAGAUAGUGAGAGUUGUUCAGAUAGGGCUGUUGUGCACUCAAGAAAUGGCGUCGCUAAGACCAUCCAUGUCAAAGGUGUUGCAUAUGUUAAAGCACAAAGAGGAAGUGUUACCGUUGCCAAGUAAUCCUCCGUUUAUGGAUGAAAGAGUUAUGGAGUUUCGAUAUGGUUCUGAUGGAGAUUCGGCUGCUUGUGCUUCUCUUGCCACUGUCUCUCAAAGUUCCUUCUACGGUAGAUGAAGCCUUUGAAACAUCGUUAAGGCCAAACCGAAGUUUUGUGUGUAUAAACCAGUAAGAAGAACUAAAAGCUAGUAUAUAGAGAUAGAUGUGAACUUGAGUAGAUUUUGUAUAAUGUAAUGAAGAUAUGCCAUGGAGGUAGUGAGUUCAGUCAAUAUAUGUACUAAAAAGUAAUAUACUAGAAGAGAAUGUUUAAGCUCAAAUCUUGCAUCUAUGUAACUUAAUAAAAAACAUAUAUUGAUCAAGAAUGAUACCCGAUUCA